GCACACAGCAUUAAUCGUCACUAUUUAAAAAAAAAAAUGUAAUUUUCACUCUUACCCUAUGCACCGGAAAUUUCCAGACCCACCCACCACCACUUCUCCUGACCCCCUAACUCCUAACUAAGAUCUCCAUACAUUUUUAAAUUUUUUUUUUUCAUUUCAAUUCCUUGAAGCCGUACAAAUAUAUAUUUAUACAAUCAGUUUUUCCUCUUUUCCUUUCCGAUGUCUCUUGUAUAUUGGAUUCUGAUUUUGAACGUUUGGAUCUUAAAAGCGACGUCGUUGCAAGCGGGAUCGCGGACGGUACUUCGAGAAAUUGGUAAUAACAACGGCGGCGGUAGUGAUCCGAAGGACUAUGCCCUCGAAUUGAACGUCACGAAUUUUGAUGGAGUUCUCAAGGAAACUCCCGCCACUUACGCCAUAGUCGAAUUCUUCGCUCACUGGUGCCCUGCUUGCAGAAAUUACAAGCCCCAUUAUGAAAAAGUUGCUAGGCUUUUUAAUGGACCUGAUUCCGUGCAUCCUGGUAUCAUAUUGAUGGCUAGAGUAGACUGUGCAUCAAAGAUAAACACCAAACUUUGUGAUAAGUUUUCUGUCGGUCACUAUCCUAUGCUGUUUUGGGGUCCUCCUACAAAGUUUUCUGCUGGCUGGGAGCCCAAGCAAGCAAAAAGUAAAUUACGUGUAAUUGAUGAUGGACGGACAGCUGAACGCUUGCUUAAUUGGAUCAAUAAGCAAAUAGGAAGUUCAUAUGGCUUGGAUGAUGAAAAAUUUGAAAAUGAGCAUCUUCCAUCCAAUAUAUCAGAUCCUGGACAGAUUGCUCGAGCCAUAUAUGAUGUGGAGGAGGCAACCACAACUGCCUUUGACAUCAUUUUAGAACACAAGAUGAUUAAAUCAGAAACUCGAGCUUCACUCAUAAAAUUCCUUCAGCUUUUAGUGGCUCAUCAUCCUUCCAGGAGGUGUCGAAAGGGAAGUGCAGAAGUACUCGUGAACUUCGAUGACUUGUGCCCAUUAGAUAUGUGGUCAUCUGAUGGACAUGAUGCUGCCACCAAUACCAUGAAAGGGGUGCUACAUAAUUUCCAGAUUUGUGGAAAGGAAGUUCCUCGUGGAUAUUGGAUGUUUUGUCGUGGCAGCAAGAACGAUACCAGGGGCUUUAGUUGUGGAUUGUGGGUUUUGAUGCAUUCACUCUCUGUGAGGAUUGAGGAUGGAGAGAGCCAGUUUGCAUUUACAUCUAUAUGUGAUUUUAUUCACAACUUCUUUAUCUGCGAGGAGUGCCGUCAACAUUUUUAUGAGAUGUGUUCAAGUGUUACUAGUCCUUUCAAGAAAGCCCGUGACUUUGCCCUUUGGUUGUGGAGUGCGCAUAAUGAAGUUAACGAGAGAUUAAUGAAGGAAGAAGCAUCUCUAAAAACUGGAGAUCCCAAGUUCCCAAAGAUGAUUUGGCCUCCAAAGCAGCUUUGUCCUUCAUGUUAUCGCUCCCAAGUUCCCAAAGAUAAAGGAAGCAGUCAGAUCGAUUGGGACCGGGAUGAAGUGUUCAAGUUUUUAGUCAGUUAUUAUGGAAAUGAACUUGUAUCUUUGUACAAAGAAAAGAGUCUUCUUGCUGAUGAUGGGACCAAUGGAACUCUGGAUGAUUUGGUGGCCUCAACAAACGCAGUUGUGGUGCCUGUGGGGGCUGCACUGGCUAUUGGUCUUGCUAGCUGUGCAUUCGGAGCACUUGCUUGCUACUGGCGUUCUCAGCAGAAGAAUCGGAAGUAUUACCACCAACUAUACUCUUUAAAGAACACAUGAUACUUACGCGGAUAUGAGUACUUCCAAAUAGGAUUAAAAAGCGUUGGAGUGAAAAGGGAUGAAAAAAGGGUGGGAGGAAAGAUGUGGAGAGAGAGGUUUUGAUAAUUAGGAUGUAUGUUUCUUAUUUGACUUCCUUCCACCAUUUAUCAGGCGAAGGAGAAGAUGGAAUUAAGAUUACUAAAACAACAAAAAAUCACACACAACCUUUAAGAUGCCCAGUCGGAUGACCUCAAGCUCCAAGUAGAACUCCAGAGUACAGCCCUAUACCAACUUGAGCUCCUAUUCUAAUCAGUUGUCUAUGAAGCUCAUCAUGAAAUUUAGUUUUGGUUUCGAUAGAUUUAGCAUAAGGUUGAUUUUGAGAAAGAAAUGUCUUACAUCUAUGUUCAUAACUUCCAUUCGCAUGUGGCAUGCUGCAUUGAAUACUUUGAAUGACUUUUGUGAAUUGUCUGAUUCAACUGUCGAUCAACUCCUUCAAUCGACCUGAUUUUGUUCUUGGGAUGAUAAACAGUAAAGAAUGAAAAGCUUUUUUUUUU